AUGGAGGCGGCGCUGGCCGCUGUGAAUUUUCGUGUGGCAUCAGGUCACUUGGAGCCGCUUCGAGAGGCGAGCGUCGGCGGACUGUUCAAGCUCGCGCCGCAGCUCAUCAAGUCGGUCGCGCCCCACAUCCCGCACAUCGUGAACAAGGUCGGCAACGGGCUCAAGCGCAUCGGCCGGUUCGUCACCGGCAAGAAGGGCAAGAAGAAGGGGAAGCAGGACGGGCCCGGGGGUCUCGCAGAGGAUCACGCCGGUGGUGCCCCUGUCGAGGAGGCGGAUGGCGAGAUAGAGGCCGUGGCUCACCGGUUCGUGGCCUAG